AUGUCCAUUGAUUUGGAUGUAGAAAUGAUUGUUCCACAACAAAGUGAGCAAAGCGUUCCUGAAUUUAAGGAUGUUUCUGUUAUUGUUAAUCAUUUUGUGAAAAAUGGUGGGUUAAUUAAAAGAGUAGAAGCUCUUGGAAGAGAAGCGGCAGUAUUUAAUGGGACCGGAAAUGAAAUUGAAAAUCGAUAUAAAACUGAAUUUGAUAUUUUAAAUGAUUAUCUUUGUUUGAUUGGAAAUGAUCAAAUAGAUUUUUAUUCACAAGACGCUAAUUGUAGGACAUGCUGUCCUAUUUCAUUGCCUUUUAAGGUUUUUUUUAUAUAUUUUUUCUUUAAUUUUUAUUCACAGAUUUGUCGUGCACAUCCCUGCAGUUUUGGGAUUAUUCUUGAGAGAAGCUCAUUUCCUGGAGAACACGGAAAUCUCCCAGGAGCUGCCCAACUUUUUUCUCUGACUCAUCCUUACAAUGAAAUAAUGCCGAUUCUUUGCAAAUUUAAAGGUGAUUCUGAUUGCCACUAUACAUUUCGCGGCAAAAGAAUGGCUGUUAUUCCUAAAGAAAUUGCCGCAAACUGGUGUUCUUCGUUUUUCGGUCCCGUCGAUUUGUUAAUGUGCUACGAUAUUGAUGAACGCAGAAAUAAUUUAUUUUUAAUACGUAAAUGUACUAAAGAGGAAAGAUUAGCAGCAAAGAAUGAUUUGGGUGUUUUGAAUUCGUCAGCUCUUAUGCAUACGCCGAGCACAGUUCGGUCAUUUUAUUCACCCAAUUUUUUUAAUCGAAGAUUUGCUGAGGAUCGCCUUGCAUCAAUUGGCCUUUUAAAUCCUCAAAAGAAUAAUAUUGAUACUCAUUUACAUCAUUCACCUGCUAAUUGUUUUAAUUCUGUUUUGUUCGCUAACAGUAAUGGAUCUUCACACUUACAUGCUGCAUCUCAAACAGCUUCCUUAACUUCGUCUAUUCCGAGCGCUGCCCCUUCUAAGACGCCCAUUUCAAGACGUAUAACUCGCUCAAUGGCUGCAGCAGCAGCUUCAGGUGAAUUCUCCAACCCUAAUUUCGGUAUGGGAGCGCUCUCAUCGUUACCAUCUUCAGCGGCUGAUAAAUCAGUAUCUUUUCAUAGAUCUCUUGAACAUAAUGCAGCAUUGAAUCGAAUGCGUCUUAAACAAAAGUUUUCAAUAACAACUGGAAACAAUGUUGCUUCAAAUGCUUAUAUUAAUAAUUCAACUCCAAGACAUGCUCAUUCAUUUUCUGCUGUUGAUAUGGAUGAUUUAUUGAGUUUUGGUGGUCGCGAAACUGACGCUGAACCGCCAUCAUCGUUGAAUAUGGCAGUAGAAUUUUGCUUAGAUUGGCUCUGGUCAGAACCGCUUCCGCCACCGAUUGACGAUGCUGUUGCUAACCGGAGUGGUUCAGCAUCUUCAAUUGGCACAGAGAAAGUUGCUCAAAAAUUAGAGACGUUGAGAGUAUCAUCUUCAACAAGCUCACAAUCCGAUGAAGUUGCAAAUAAAAUAAAUAAUGCGAAUCGAAUGGCUUCAACUUUUUUCAUCAGUCGACAGGCACUUUCGCGUUCUGAACGUUGUAUUGUUUUUCAUAUUGCAAGCGAUCGUCGUGUUAUAGUGUUGAACAUUCACUUUCCUAAAGCAUUGGAAGACUCCUCUUCACUAUUGGUACCAGAUCCAAUAAUUACAGAAAAUGGUAGUCCAUCAAGUUUUAUUCGAGGUGAUUCAGCUGUCCCAUUUUUGCAUGCUCCGUUUUUCAUGGUGCUCGUAAAUUUUUCAUUCACUGAUUCUCCUACUGCUUUUUCAAUUGCAUUAUAUACUGGUUGCACAAAAAUUGCCAAUAUCGCAUUGAACUUUGGAAUUCCACGUACCAUCGCUAACAAUGCUUCUAGUAACCUGUUAAGAUUGUUGCCUGGUGGACUCUGUGCAAAUGGAUACAAUCAGUAUGCGUUAAGGGUUUUUGUCGAGCAUGAUAAUUCUCAUAUGCAUCAAUCUCCUGGGAGCGAUGCUUUCAGAAACGCUUCAUUCACACUCUUUUCUUUCAAGUUCCAACUUGGUUUUAAUACUAAGCUUGCGAACCGUUGUCUUAUGACGAUAUGUAGCUGGAUUGGAAUUGCACGCCAACUUCAAUUUCUUUCACGCCUUUUUUGUUCCAACCCAUGGAAAAUAACUAAUGAGGCUCAAAAAAUCCCUUUUGUUGAUGAAUUGCCAAUUGAAUUUGGCGAGAAUUCGAUCAAAUGA